AUGUCUUCUCAGAUUCCCGAAGAUGCUCUGCACAAGGUCAGUCAGGAUGCUAAUCUCGUACUGCUUUCCUCUGCUGCGCGCUGCUAUAGCUGUUCCAGUGCCAUGACCAUGGCUCCCCCCCGCUCAGACAUUCACGAUUGUGACUGACGAUGAGAUGAUCUGACGUUGCGCGCGCAUCCCGUUUCUAAGAUCUUGGCGCAGAUCCAACAACAAGUGCUCACAUCCACUCGAGAGCUCAAUAUGGUCAGGGCGCAGUGCAACACGGUCGAGUCGCAGAGGAAGAGGACUCACUUGACGUUGGAGCAGAUCGAGGAAGAGAGAGAUGGAGAUAGAUUGUGGAAUGGUGUGGGCAAAAUGUGAGUCAUUCGUGGAAGGGGGGGCGGGGCGGGGCGGGGCUGCGGGCCAGUAGCAGUCUGAUGCGUGCGAGCUGCUGGAGCGUGUGUAUGCCAUCAUCAACGUGACGUGUAGGCUCAUGAUUCACGGUCUGCUCCUCUUGCAUCCGCGAUGCGCGAUGUCGAUGCUGUGCUGUGCUGUGCUGGCAGGUUCAUGCUGCAAGACAAAUCGCACAUCGUCACGCAGCUGAGCAGCAAGGAGAGGUUGCUGGCUGAAGAGGUGGGCAACUUGAGCAAGAAGCAAAAGGUGCGUCAAAUUCGAGGGCGUCGCAUUGCAUUCAUUGCAUGCACCGUGGUCCUGCUGUCCUUUGCGUCCAUAAUCCAAUCCUUGCUGACAUUCGAAUGCCGAAUAUACACACACACAAAUCGCAUGAGCUUAGUUUUUGGAAAAGCAAGCGUCGGAUGCUCAAGGUCACAUGCGGGACAUUUUCAGAGGCGUGCAAGCUCAACAAGCAGCCCAAGCUUCAUGA